AGAGCGCGCUCUAUCGACGAGAGGAGAGGAGGGAAGCGAGCAGGGAGCAGGGGAGGAAACGAGAGGCGGCGAUGAGGGGCGGCGGCGGCGGGAUGAUGGAGGACGACGACCGGGUGGGCCACGCGCAGAUCCCGACCAGCUUCGGCCACGAGCUGCGCGCCUGCCUCCGAUGCCGCCUCGUCAAGACCUACGACCAGUUCAGGGAGAACGGCUGCGAGAACUGCCCGUUCCUGGAGAUGCAGACGGAGCACGACAAUGUCGUCAACUGUACCACCCCAAACUUUACCGGAAUAAUCUCUCUGAUGGACCCCAGCAGGAGUUGGGCUGCUCGUUGGUUGAGAAUUGGUAGGUUCAUUCCGGGGUGCUAUACACUGGCUGUCUCAGAGGAGCUUCCAGAGGAGUAUCAGGGGAUCUGCCAAGACAACAACGUUCAGUAUGUGCCCCCCAAGCGGGUCUGAGUAAAAGCUCAGGUUAUUCGCGGCGUUCUGAUCCUGAAGUAAUACGUUACUUCGGCUUGCAGUGGUUGCUAAGGAAACUGCUAAUACAAUGCUCACGUUAUGCAAGCAGCUAAUUGAAUUGACUUGACGGUACUGUAGAACUCAUGAGUCUAUUUAAGUGGUGUUAGUUUAAUUUAAGCACCUGGUCAAGCCUCUUUGCUGAAACAUGUAGAACAUAUUACUUUUUUCAGUAGUCACCUGCGUCAGGCGCUAUUGACUCUGGUGAAGCGUUCCGAUUAGGGCUGGAUAACGAGUCAGCUUGGCUCAUUAUGCAAGCAGCUAAUUGAAUUGACUUGACGUUACUGUAGAACUCAUGAGUCUAUUUAAGUGGUGUUAGUUUAAUUUAAGCACCUGGUCAAGCCUCUUUGCUGAAACAUGUAGAACAUAUUACUUUUUUCAGUAGUCACCUGCGACAGGCGCU